AUGACUCUCCUUCUCGCUGCCUUCACUCCACAACGCAAACACGAAGGUAUUGCGCGCGCACACCACGCAAGAAAAAGGCAGGUGCUCGCGCCGAUCGUCGCAUUUCUGCUGAAGAGAACGUCUUCAAUCGUAGACAGGCCCGCUGCUGUAUCCUUGCUGCGGCAGCUGCUGCAUUUGCUGCAGCCGCUUUCGUAUGCUCCCGCCGCAACCCUCCGCACGCCUGAGGAGCAGCUGGCCCUGCAGCAGACGCUGCUGCUGCAGUCUUUGCAGAAGCACCAAACCCACCCCCACGGUUCGACUCCGAACCUUCCCCACACCUACGCGUGCUGCAACGCCGGUGGCAGCGGGCUGUCUCUACAGCGUAGCCUUCGCCUCACCCGUGCGCUGCUGCAGCUCCGCGCUGAGGCUGCCGCAGUCUUCGGAGCCUUGUACAGCCGGCUGGAAGCAGUGACAAACGGGGGCUUCGCAGGUAGCACAAAGCUGCUCUCGGGUAUGGGGGUUCUCGCUGCUGCUGCACAAGCGGAGGCAGCAGGAGAGGACUCACACCCCACAUCUCGGUGGCUUGCCGAGGAGAAAGCUGGCGCAGAUGCGCGCAGGGAAUGCCACACGGACAGACUUAGGGCUAUGACAGAGGUGCUCAUGCUUUGCUAUGAGCACCGUCUUGACCCCCUCAUCAGGAGUCUCUGCGGCUUUGCCACCUUUCAAGAGGCGUCGCUGCAGCCAGCGCCUCUUCAGCAAACUCAGCAGCACAGGCACCAGCACGAUACGCAAGAGACACACGUGCCUCCUGAUUCGGCCCGAACAACUGUACGCCGGCAGGAGGACGUCUCACACAUUCCUUUCGACUGUCUCUCCAUCGCUCUCGGAGCUCCUGGAACAGCAGCGCAUACAGGCAUUGCUGGUAAACUCUCAGCCUCGACCGGUGCGCAGUCCGCCUCCCCACACGCAAAGAGACAAACAGUGCGUGAAACGCAAGCAGACGCUGCCACGUGUGAACUCAAAGAGGAUGCGAUGAGAACAACGCCUCAGCACCAGCUGGUUAAGCGGCUUCUUUGCCACCUUCCCACUGCUCAGCAGAGUCUCAUUUCGGCUGUCCUCUGCUGUGGAGACACCACAACCUUAACGGCCUCCCCGGAGACCGCCUCUCAUUCCUUAGCAGAAGCUGUAGCAUCUGUACCUGCCGACAUACAAGACGCACUCCUGAAAGAGACGCUGCGAGUUUGGUUCGUAGCAGAGAGGGCUGCCUCGGGGGAAGUUCUUUACGGGGAUUUUGCCGAGUGGCCUGUUGGAGCCACAGUCUUUCUUUCCGCCUUUCCCCCUCCGUGGCUUACGCUCCCUUCAGAGGAGGCUGCCUAUGCGGCCUCUAAGGGAGCCUCUUCCCAUGCGACACCCGCUUGCUCGCUCAGUGUGUCACCUUCUAAGAGUGUGCCAGCGGAGGAUGCUGGGAAUGCCUCUAGUCGCCAAUCCCUGAGACGCGCGAAGGUGCAGGACGUCAGCAAUUCCAGCUCGGCAUGCGUCAGCACUGCCGCUUCCAGCAGCUGCAGCAGACGCGGUAGUACAGACAUCCCCGCCGCUGAAGAGGUCUCUCUUCGGCUUGCCGCUACCCGCGAGGUUCUGUUGCGCUGCGUUGCAGAGACUGCAGCAAGGCAGCACUAUUGGCCAGUUUUCCCGGGGGUGGUGCCUGUAGGCGAGGCCCCAGACAAGGCGCCUUCGGCUACUGGCGUCGAGUGUACGUACAGCGAUCGCGGCAGCAGCAGUGGCAGCAGUGGCAGCAGUGGCAGCAGCAGGGAGCGGUUCGACGCCGGGAGUGAGGAUUCGGUGCUGACCUGCUGCAGAAGUGCCUUUCCCCCGCCAGUAACCUCCCCGUCUCUUGAUGUCAGACCGCCGUGCACCUUUUCCUUCUGGCUGUACGACGAUGAAGACGCCAUCCUUUGCGAGCAGCAGCCAGAACAACAGCUUCCCCCCCCGCUCCCCCAGCCAGAGCAGCCCUACCCGCAAGCGCCUGCAGAGCAAACCUGCGGAAAUGAGAGAAUCCCCAGGAGCAGCUCCAGCGUGUGUCGUACCGCAGGGGGGCCCUUGCCUGGGCAGGUGGUCAUGCCCCCUCCUCCUUCGCACGUUCGCAGUAGAAGCAGCAGCACAAGGAUCACGAGCUUCUCCGGGAGUGCAGAAACAACUGUGCUCCGAUGGCGGCCGGCAGUCUAUCGUCAGGCAGCUCCGAGAAGCACCACAAGUCCGAUGAGCACCGCUGCCGUCUUGGGGGCAGCAGGAGAAGACAUCCUUGGCGAACAGCAGCAGCAGCUGCUGCAACAGCAGCAGCUUCAAGACCAGCACGUACCCGGCUCUAGGCAGCCUACUGACGGCAGCAACCGGAGCCAGGGAGCAAGCAGGCAUCUAGCAGCUGCUAUGCCGUCUAGACGCGAGAGACGGAACGGUGCAUCCCCAGCUCAGCAUCCCGGAGACUCUUUGCCCUUUGACAGUCCUUGGCGGCAUCCUGGGGAGCAUCCGGAGGCUCUUGACUUGGAUCUGCCCGCUGCCUCGAGCCUAGCAGAUCCAACAGUCGAAGACAGUGCUGCUUUCGACACGCUGCACACCUACGCGGCGUGGCUGGCAAGGAGUCACGGCUCUGAAGAGGCUUACACACACACGCAAAGAGACUGGGAAGGCCUCCCCCAACAGGGGGGGGUCCUGCAAGGAGAUGAGGCCCUCCGCCAUCAAGAAGCUUCUUCACGCGCGAAUGAGGAAAACUUCAUGCCAGCAUUGCAUCAAGAUGACGGCCUUUCAGACGCCGCCGAAAUGUGGCAACGAUUCGCUAUAUCCACAGACGCCGGACAACAACAGAUGCAGCAACAGCAGAUGCAACAACAACAGAUGCAACAACAACAGAUGCAACAACAACAUCAUCAUUCAAUCGAGCCAGCAGACGACGGGGACCUCCGACAGCGGGAUGCCUUUAGCUCUCGGUGGUAUUCCCCUUGGGGGGAGCCAGACAAUUCUGAAAACUCUCCUACGCCGCAUCAUCCUUUCUCUCACCGAAGCCUACGGCAGCAGGUGGUUCGAAGGGGGGGAGGUGUGACGCGCAUUGCUCUGAUAGCCCGUGGAGGUCCUCGGCCGUAUCGACAGCUGCUGCAACGCCAUGGAGACGUUGCAGCCUCUCCUUCGCCAUACACAGACAGCAACAGCGAGAGCCCCCAGCAACCGCAGAUGCAGCAACAGCAGCAGAUGCAGCAACAGCAGCAGAUGCAGUACCGUCAGUCGGUAAGCGGGCAGGUGACCAGUCAACUGCUUCGGAUGGCUUUGGCUGAAGCUGCAGCAGAGAGGGAGGUGGACGGCUGUAUUAACAGCAGCAGCAGCACGGGUAGCAGCAGCAGCAGUAGUAGUAGUAACCCUAGCUGCUGUUGUUGCUACACCCUGCCAGAGGGCGUCUCCCCGUGGCGGCUUGUGUGGGUACGUGGGUGUGUCAGUGAAACAGUAUCCGUAUGGAUUUCUCCUGAGAACCGCGUGUACGCUCAACUGCGCGUCCCUCUCCAGACGACCACAUACACCGAUUACCAGGCAGUUGCCGCCUCGCUGGCUAGCAGCAAGCCUCUGCCUCGCCGUCGAUGGACUCAUGUGGGCUUGAGUGUGGGAGCCGUCAUGGGAGAGGGUUCAGUCCUGGGGAUGCGGCUUUUUUUGGACGGGGAGGAAGUGGCUGCAGCAUCCAUAAGCAGCAGAUGCUGUCUGUGUCAAGGGCCUCUGCCCUUCUGGGUAGCCCCUUUGCCGCUGCCUCUCCGGCUCGAGGAGGUAAUGCGUUCCCCUCCCCACCCGCCUUUGCCGCAGCAGCACCAGCAGCAGCAGCAACUGCGGAAGCCCAAGUGCAGGGCGCACUCUAUGAGGGGCCUUAUGGCGGAUUUGAGAGUCUACCCUGCCUGUCUUAGCGCUCGCGAACUGCAAGCCAUGGUCCUCACGACGGAUGCUGCCUACGGCUCCGAGCGGAUAGCGCAGCUUCUCCACCGUCUGCACAGCAACCACGAUAGCAGUGCUGCUGGCAGCGGCAUGGGCACAAGCAGCUGUCUCAGGAUCCCCCUUACGCAGCGCAGCGACACACACACAGAGACCUGGAGCGCAGCCGUGACACCAACAAGGCAACAAAUGCCUCCUCCCCACCACCAACAAACUCCGCGAAAACCACAGCCUGACGAGCUUCUACUCAUGCACCUCAGUCACGACGAGGAUUUGUUGCAGCUGUGGCGACAGCAACGGGGGUGGACAGAUUGGGAAGACACUCGACGGCCCCUCCCUGCUGAUCCACGUACAGUCCUUUGGCGAUACGCGGGGGGCCAAAUGCACCAACACCAGCAGCAGCAGCAGAAGCAGCAGCAAGAACAGCAACAUCACCAUCAACCCCAGCAGCCUGGAGGCAAAUGGGAACUGGUGUUGCAGCAUGUGGAUCUGCUGGUGAGCGAGGAGGUUAUGAGUGGAGUCUUGAGUCUUCUGGAUGCGAGCACUGAGCUCAGGCAACUAAGCGAUCCAGCAGGGGCAGCAACAGGCAGUGGCAAUGCCAGUUCUGUUGAAAACCGCGGAGACAUCGACACUGCGCACCACUUCAGCUCGUUGCUGCUGCAGCAAGAGGGUGGAAGACCCUUGCAACAGCACGAGCACCUUUCAUCUGCUUUACUGCGAAAGCUUCUCGCUGCCAAUCAAAAUCUGUGGGGGGUGGCCGAGGUGUCUCUGCAGCUCUGCAGAGCUCUUACGCAGCUGGUUGUUUCCAUCGGGCCGUGCUUGGAGAUCUUCUCCCCGAAGCGAUCCUCCUUCUCGCUCGUGCUGCAGAGAUUCAGGCACCUGCUUCCAGGCAGCUUGAAGCGCUGGCUCGUCAGUCUGUGCUUGUCUUUGUCAGAAGAUCCCCGUGCGGACGGCCGUUUGCGUGUGAGCAUCAACAGGGCACGAGCGCUGCGCGCCGCAGAAGGAGCAGCAACUGCAGCUGCGACGGCUCCUGCAACUGCGACGGGGGCUACAACUGCGUCUGCAACUACACCUGCAACUACACCUGCAACUACACCUGCAACUACACCUGCAACUACACCUGCAACUACCCCUGCCGCUACCCCUGCCGCUACACCUGCAGCUGCGCCUGCGCCUUCUGUAUUGGCAGUCCAACGCAGCAGCAAUCAAUUUAAGGACGUCACCAUGCAGCUCUCUGCUCAGCUGGAGGGUGUAUCUCCCUGGCUGCUCAGACGCGGCACGCGAGUCUGGUUUGUGGCGUAUGAGGGCGAAGGAGGCAUCGAUGCAGGAGGCCUCUACAGAGAUCUCUUUUCGCACAUUGCAGCCGAGCUGCAAAGCCCCGGCAGUAGCAAUGCCUUGCUUUUGCCUUGUGCAAACAGCCGCGGCUUUGGGGAGAACCAGGAUCAAUGGGUAAUCAAUCCCAGCGCAGUGACGCCGUCGAGCCUCACGGCAUACCGCAUGCUUGGUCAACUCAUGGGUAUUGUUGUCAGGGGCCGCCUUACUCUUGGAUUGGAUUUGCCACCACUGGUGUGGCGCCCCCUAGUUGCUCAGCCUGUGGGGCCUCGGGAGCUGGAGGCAACGGACGCGCUCUUCGUGCAAAUUCUGAAGAAGAUUUUGACUCUUGAGACGGAGGGUGUAGACGCUGAGACAUUCCAUGAGGUCUUUCCUCUUGCUUGGGCAACUACGUCUGCAGCUGGGGAGGUGGUAGCUCUCAAAGCCAACGGUGCAGAUAUCCCUGUAGCCUGGGAAGAACGACAGCACUAUGUUCUAAGGGCUCUGGCGUUCCGACAGGCCGAAGGGCAGCUCCAGCUAAGAGCUCUACGGCAGGGCCUUGGCGACGUCGUGCCUUUGCAAGUCAUAGAUCUGCUCAGCCCCUAUCAGCUGCAGCGCCUUGUCUGCGGCAGCCCUUCCAUCGAUCUGCAGCUUCUCAAGAGCCACACACGAUACACUGGAUAUACGGCAAGCGACAAGCAAAUUCAAUGGUUCUGGCAAGCCUUAGAGUCCUUCACGCAAGCAGAACGGCAGAGCUUCCUGCGAUUUGUCUGGGGUCGCUCACGGCUGCCCCCCCCUCAUGCCGCAUGGGAGCAAGACAUGGAGGUUGCCCUGAAGGUGCCCGCGAUGCAGCUGUCGCGUGGUGGCGCGACGAUUAUUACAACAACAACAACCACAGCAGCUGCUGCAGCAGCAACUGCUGCUGCCGCUGCCGCUGCUGCUGCUGCGGCGGACGUGGCCGCUUCUGCUUCUCUGGCAGAAGUUUCGCCUAGGACCAUUAGGACGCCAGACUCCGGAGAUCGCGUAGUUGCCGACUUCGGGGCAAGGAGAAUUGCGCACCCCUCAGGAUGCAGCUUCUCUCUGCAGCGCCUCACUGACCAAAUGUUGCCGCAGUCGCACACGUGUUUCUUCCAGGUGGACCUUCCUCCUUACUCGAGCUACGAGAUCCUAAGAAGCAAAUUACUUUAUGCGGUAACGGAGGGCAUAGCUAUCGACGCAGACAACACUGCAGACGCAGCUAACUGGGACUUUGAGGGAGACUGA